AUGGCUCCCAAGCGCCACGCGGCCUCAACUACCUCCGCGGCGACCUCCACGUCCACGCCCACAUCCCCAACACCAAAGCCCCUCUCCUCAGGCCCAACCACCCUGAAGACCAAUGCCUCAGCAACUGAAAUCGCCCAGCACGUCUGGCAACAGUAUGCAUCCACCACGCCGCAGCGCACACUCCUCCUAGACGCCUUCAUGGCGUUCCUCGUCCUCGUCGGCGGUCUGCAGUUUGUGUACUGUGUUCUUGCGGGAAACUAUCCCUUCAACGCCUUCCUCAGUGGUUUCAGUGCGGCUGUUGGCCAAUUUGUCCUUACAGCAAGUCUGCGCAUGCAGACCAGUGAUAGCGGAACUGGGUUUGGGUCGAAACCUAGCUCGAAGGGAAAGAAUGCGCGGUUUGCAGAUGACAAUGAAGAGCAGGGGACGGGCAUCUCGCAUGAGAGGGCCUUCGCCGAUUAUAUCUUUGGAAGCUUGAUCCUACACUUUUUCUGCAUCAACUUUAUCAACUGA